CGCUGGUGUUCUCAUCAUCCAUCCAUCCAUAGCGGCCCACAUCGAGGCUGCUAGGGUUUUGCGAAGCGAUCCCUUACGCCUCGGAUCUGAGAAGGGGAAGCGAAGGCACGGGCCAUGGACGGCGGCGACGAGGGCGUCGUCGUGGCUCCAAUGGGCGACGAAUCUAUGUGCUCCAACGGCGGCGCCGUGGACGAUCCGCGCCGGCCGCCGGCGAGUUCAGGCAAGGCGGCCGCAGGCGGCGGUGAGCAGAUGGACCUGGAGGUUUACGUUGCGCUCUACACAGGUCGGACCAGGGUGUCGCGGUUGCUCUUCAUCGCCGAGCGGUGCGGCAACGAGGGGAUGCAGCUGGAGGCCCUCCGCAUGGCCCACGACGAGAUCAAGAAGGGGGAGGAUUCGCACCUCUACCGGGAGGUCAUUGCCAAGAUCGGCGGCCGGCUCGGUCCGCUGUAUGCCCUCGACCAGACGUGGGUGGACAUGGUCGAUCGCCGCGCCGAGGCGCGCAAGGAGAAGCUCGAGAACGAGCUCAAUUCCUAUAAGACAAAUUUGAUCAAAGAAAGCAUCAGAAUGGGUUUCAAUGAUUUGGCAGAUUUUUUCUAUGCCCAUGGUCAACUUGGUGAUGCCUUCAAGAAUUAUGUCCGCACUCGUGACUACUGCACUAGUUCAAAACACAUAAGCCAGAUGUGUUUAAAUGUUAUCCUGGUCAGCAUUGAGUUGGGCCAAUUCAUGCAUGUAUCCAAUUAUGUAAGCAAAGCAGAGCAAGCACCAGAGCAGGCGGACCCUAUAACCCAUUCAAAACUACGAUGUGCUGCUGGGUUGGCUUACAUGGAAACAAAAAAAUAUAAGCUCGCCGCUCGUAAGUUUUUGGAAACAGGACCUGAACUGGGUAACAAUUAUACAGAUGUGAUAGCACAACAAGAUGUUGCUACAUAUGGAGGACUUUGUGCACUUGCUUCUUUUGAUCGGACAGAGCUAAAGGUCUCUUUUAUGCCAGUAAUCUUUUCUCCCACCUUGGAGUUCCACUCAAUGUAUACUAACUACUAUUCUUUUCUUUGCCAGAACAAAGUCAUUGACAACAUUAACUUCAGAAAUUUUUUAGAGUUGGUGCCUGAAGUUAGAGAACUUAUUAAUGACUUCUAUGCAAGUCGCUAUGCCUCAUGCUUGGAGUAUCUUGAGAACCUCAAACCGAAUCUACUGCUGGAUAUCCAUUUGCAUGAUCAUGUUGAAACACUUUACAUUGAUAUUCGGCACAAAGCCAUCAUUCAGUAUACGCAUCCGUUCAUUUCUGUUGAUUUACACACAAUGGCCGGUGCCUUCAAAACUAGUGUUGCUGGGUUAGAGAAAGAACUUGAAGCUUUAAUCACCGAUGACAAAAUUCAAGCUCGAAUAGAUUCUCACAACAAAAUUCUUUACGCAAGGCAUGCUGAUCAAAGAAAUGCUACCUUCCAGCGUGUCCUACAAACUGGUGUGGAAUUCGAGAGAGACGUAAGGUCCAUGUUGAUGAGAGCCAAUUUGAUUAAACAAGAAAGCAUACUCAGGGCAGCAAGGAAACUUUGAAGUUGAAUGGUGAUUUCGUAGGUGGGAGGCUUUAGAUUUGCACCUGAUGUGAAUGAAAGAUGAUGUUUUUUUUCCUCCUUUUUUUGCAUUUCGACAUCAAGUCCAUGAUUAAUUUUGGGGCAUCUACAUGUACUUGCAGAGCAGGGACCUGCGUUAUGUUUUUGUAUAUACUUGGAGGAAGAAAAUUAUCCACAGACAGCCAAAUUCAUGUUUAACA